UCUCCGCCCGCGAUUGGCCCAUGGCGGAGCCGCGGCGGCAGCGCGUGCGGCGGUACCGGUUCGAGGAGGGUCCGGCGGCGCUGGCCGUGCGUGUGCCGGAGGUGCUGGACUCGCAGUACGGCACGUACGUGUGGCCCUGCGCCGUGGUCCUGGCCCAAUACCUGUGGGCGCACAGGCGGAGCCUGCCCGGCAAGCGAAUGCUGGAGAUCGGCGCCGGUGUGAGUCUCCCCGGCGUGGUGGCCGCCAGGUGCGGUGCCCGGGUGAUCCUGUCGGACAGCGAGGAGCUGCCCCAGUGCCUGCAGAGGUGCCGCAGCAGCUGCCUCAUGAACCGCCUGCCCCACGUGCCCGUCCUCGGCCUCACCUGGGGCCGCGUGUCGCCAGAGCUGCUCUCUCUUGCUCCCAUAGAUGUUAUUUUAGGCUCAGAUGUCUUUUUUGACCCCAAAGACUUUGAAGAUAUUUUAACAACAAUUUACUUCUUGUUGGAGAAGAACCCACAGGCCCAAUUCUGGACAACUUACCAAGUCCGAAGUGCUGACUGGUCUAUCGAGGCUCUCCUUUACAAAUGGAACCUGAAGAGCAUCCACAUUCCCUUGCACUCCUUUGGUGCAGACAAGGAGCACUUGGCCAGCUCCUCUCUGCCAGGAAGACACACAAUUGAAAUGAUGAUCAUCUCACUAGCAUAGUCAGAGGGCACUUCAGUUUAUUCCAUUUUAUAUUUCAGUACAAGUUGAUACUCAGCUGUUCACUGUAGCACAGAGCUGCAGAGAACAGUCCUGGUUACAUCAAACCUCAUGGAUAUUUUGGGGAAGCAGCAAUUCUUAAAACAUGCAUUGUAAAAAUAAAGCUGUUUGGUUUUCCA